GUAGCAGACAAGCAGUAUAAGUGUUGUGUUUCAGAGGAACAUGUUAAUUAUGGUAUUCAGGAACUUAAAAGUGCAGUAAUGGACUACAACAAACCUGUUUGGAUUGGAAAAGAGGGAACAAAUGAAGUAUGUACUGAUCCAGAAUUUGUGGAGGGGGCCGCAAAAAGACGUGCAGCAGAGAGUAUAUGGUCGAUUAAGAUUGCCAGUGAGGCUGCUAAUGUUUUAUUAGAAGAAAAAUCCCUCCAAGGAAUGAGUGGUGAUAAAUUGCACAUUUCUGCAGGUAAAUCAGCAGAUUUUGGCGAAAGUACAAAUGCAACACAAGCAUAUUGCUCUCUUGAGGACAAUGCAUUGCGCACUAGAGAUAACUACAGCUUAAAGGAAAAUGAACUACAAAACUUUAAGUGUGAUUCUUGCAAAGAGUGCUUUUCAUCAAAAUACAAGCUAAUAAUGCAUGUGUUCAUUCACAUUGAUGGUGUAGAGCCACCUAGACACAUAUGUCAAGGCUGUGGUGAGGUGUUUCGCAACAGUGGUAGCUUGAGGAAGCAUUCUAUGAUGCAACGAGGAAUUAGUCAAGCAGAAUAUGAACCUAACAAAAUCUCCAAUAAAUAUCAUAGGCUAGAGUCCUAUGAACUACAAAACUUUCAGUGUGAUUCUUGCAAAGAGUGCUUUUCAUCAAAAUACAAGCUAAUAAUGCAUGUGUUCAUUCACAUUGAUGGUGUAGAGCCACCUAGCAACAUAUGUCCAGGCUGUGGUGAGGUGUUUCGCAACAGUGGUAGCUUGAGGAAGCAUUUUAUGAUGCAACGAGGAAUUAGUCAAGCAGAAUAUGAACCUAGCAAAAUCUCCAAUAAAUAUCAUAGGCUAGAGUCCUAUGAACUACAAAACUUUCAGUGUGAUUCUUGCAAAGAGUGCUUUUCAUCAAAAUACAAGCUAAUAACGCAUGUGUUCAUUCACAUUGAUGGUGUAGAGCCACCUAGACACAUAUGUCAAGGCUGUGGUGAGGUGUUUCGCAACAGUGGUAGCUUGAGGAAGCAUUUUAUGAUGCAACGAGGAAUUAGUCAAGCAGAAUAUGAACCUAGCAAAAUCUCCAGUAAAUAUCAUAGGCUAGAGUCCUAUGAACUACAAAACUUUCAAUGUGAUUCUUGCAAAGAGUGCUUUUCAUCAAAAUACAAGCUAAUAAUGCAUGUGUUCAUUCACAUUGAUGGUGUAGAGCCACCUAGACACAUAUGUCCAGGCUGUGGUGAGGUGUUUCGCAACAGUGGUAGCUUGAGGAAGCAUUUUAUGAUGCAACGAGGAAUUAGUCAAGCAGAAUAUGAACCUAGUAAAAUCUCCAAUAAAUAUCAUAGGCAGCCAGGUCGACGGAAGAAACAGACCGUAUUACAGUCUGGAGAGAGAAAACACCUAUGUGAUGUUUGUGGGACGGCUUUCAUAACGUCUAGUGGGCUGAAGAGGCACACAUUGGUACACACUGGCAAGAAGCCGUACAAGUGUGUCACUUGUGGGAAAUCGUUUUCUCUGUCUCACCAUUUGAAGAAACAUUCGUUAACACAUACUGGCGAGAGACCACACAAAUGCGAUAUUUGUGGAAAAUCAUUUAGGUCGUCCAGUGAUCGCAAUCGCCAUUCAUUAACACACAGUUGGGAGAGCCCAUACAAAUGUCAUAUUUGUGGUCAAGUCUCUAUUAUUUCUGAGACUCUAAAGGAAAAUGAAUUGUUACAUAGUGAUGAGAAGGUUUACAAAUGCAAAGAUUGUAGAUCCCAAAAGUAUCAUAUUUUCAAUCCCUCUCACUGUGGCCCUUUCAAAAGGCAGGAGUUCGUCGGUAGUGGCAAGAAACGACACCAGUGUGCUCUUUGUGAUAAAUCAUUUGCUUGCUAUAGUAGUUUCAAAAGACACGUAAUAAUUCAUACUGGCGAAAGGCCACAUAAAUGUAAUAUAUGUGGCAAAUCCUACGGGACACCGACUGGUCUGAAGCAGCAUGUGUCAAUACAUUCUGACGAGAGGGUGUACAGAUGCGAUAUUUGUGGGAAAUCCUUUGUCUCCUCUGUUUAUCUCAAGAAGCAUUCAUUAUUACAUACUAGUCCGAAGGUAUACAAAUGCAAUGUUUGUCGAAAAUCAUUUAUGACUUCUAGUGAUCUCCACAGACAUCGCUUAGUACAUACUGUCAAGAAGCCACACAAAUGUCACAUUUGUGGGAAAUGUUUUUCUCAGCCUGUUCAAGUGAAAAGGCAUGAAUUAACGCACACUGGGGAAAGGCCUCACAUAUGCCAUGUUUGUGGGAAAACCUUUAGAAUGUCUAGUGAUCUCAAUCAACACUUAUUGACACAUACUGGCAUGUUGCCACACAUGUGUGAUGUUUGUGGGAAAUCCUUUAGAACAGCUAGAGAUUUGAAGCUACACAUUUUCAUACAUACUGGCGAAAGCCCACAUAAAUGUGAUAUAUGUGGGAAAUCCUUCAGGACGCCUGGUGUUCUAAAGAAGCAUGUGUUCAUACAUACUGGCGAAAGGGCAUACAAAUGCGAUAAGUGUGGGAAACGCUUUAGGAUGUCUGGUGAUCUCAGGCGACAUGCAUUAACACAUCCUGGUGUGAGGCCACACAGAUGUGAUCUUUGUGGGAAAUCCUUUACUAGAUCUAAUGAUCUAAAGGUGCACAAAUUAAUACACAGUGAUGACAGGCCUUUCAACUGUGAUGUUUGUGGGAAGUCUUUUCGCAGAUCUAGCUAUCUGAAGAAGCAUGCAUCCACACAUACUGCAAAGAGACCAGAAUAAUGCUAUGUUUGUGGAGAAAAGAAUUACUUAUUGUCAUCUCAAGAAAUCCUAAACAAAUAUCUCACAAACAUUCAGUUCACUGCAGAGUCUGGGCUGGCUCAGAUAAUGUCAAGUAGGAUGAAAUAGUAUGUAUUAGGACAGCCAAAGCAUGAAUUGGUGUUCCAUUUCUAUAAAUAUCAAAGUCAGGUCAGUAGUUCAUAAGGGAGACAGAUUUUAGUAAAGCUUGUCAUUGUAACUCAUUUACUAGACAUCAAGUAAAAAUGGACAGUAAUGAAAACUUCAUCAAUCCGAAUUGUUGAAGGUGAAGCAAGAACAGUUUCUUAAUAAAUAAUAUGAGUUGAUACAGAAAGUUGUUACAAGUGUAACUGUGAAGUAGAAAUUAGAGAAAUCCAUCCACUUUCAAAUAUCUCUUUGGUUAAGAAUUUACUGGUUACUAGAAUUACAGUUUUUCAUAGAGAGAUGGGGUUGUCAGGUUUUCAUUGCUAUCAUUGAUACAUUGUAGUGACAGACUUCUUUCCAGUAACACAUGUCUCAUAUUACUCACUUAUUUGUGUCAACACAACAAAAGAUCUAGGGCUUAACAUCUCUGUUUUUAAAAAUUUUGUGCAGUCAUAUUAUCAGUAUGGACUUGGAGAAUGAUUAAACUCUCCUGCUAUAUAUCAGAAUUUUUUAAUAAAAGCUUUCAUAAUUGAGUUACAGACGUGUUUUAGGUGGCAUUUUUCAGGAUUUUAAUGCUCAUUUCUGUGAUAUGCAACACCAUAUAGGUUAUGAUAAAAUUUUUCAAGACAGUAUUUAAGUGUAUAUAUGCAGUUUCUGUCCAUGGGUAGUUAGUACUGUCAUAAAUCAUAAGGCAAGUUAUAAAUUAGGGAUGAGAGUGUCUUCAUAUGUAAAAAUAUGAAAUCAGU